AUGGUCAGGCGCGACAAGCCACAACCUGGAGAAGGCCGCAGGAACAGGCAGCAGGGAUGGGCGGCAAAGCUGACGUGCGGUGAGUCGUCGUCGACGUCGAGCGAGGAAGCAGCAACCAGCGAGCAGAAUGGACAAAGGGAGGCGCUAGGCGUGAACUGUCUGGCGUCUACUCGAGUACCUAGCGUCAAUGUGCGCACGCACACACAGAGAGAGAGAGAGGUCCGCAGUAGUCUGCCAGUGUGCGUGCCUGCUAGUCUGCUGUUAGUCGGGUGCGUCGUCGUCGUCGUCGGUGGUGGUGGUGCAGCCCCGCUUUUUGCCCUCGACUGUGAGGGUGAGCAACCACCGGCUAAUGUCGUUUUACCCGUUCCAAUGGCGCCCUCUUGCGCCGCCAACGGUCCCCCUGCCAGCCGUGUCGUGAUGCCUGCCACGAGCUGCCCCAGAGCCUGGUUGCCGUAG